GCGGUUACCAAGCUUCUGAAGUCACGUGGUUCUUGCACGUGUGUUGGAAUCUCAGUUUGUAAAUAAUACAAAAUGGCCGAAGACAAUCGAAUGCAGCAGCUUUCUCGUCAUCUUCGGGAGGCAAAUUCCAUCUUGACUUCCUUCAUUGCGCCCUCGAAUCAGUCUAAUACAUCGCAGAGUUCGACUGUAGCAAAUUCAAGUGGCACAUCUCCGUCGACUUCUACAUCAACGACCGUUGGUUCAGUGCUAAAUCGCGCGCGUGCAAUGAUAUCGCGUUCUGUUUCAAAUGGCGCCUUUACUCGACUUGGGCGUAGAGAACGUUUAAGAGCAACAGCCGGCAGUAGCCAGUCUGCCUCUAACCCAACGUUAAAAAAACGAAAAGAAGAAGCCAAAGUUUAUGAAUUUGUGUUGGUAGAAGUCAAAGACACCGAGCCGAUGCCAUGGUCUUUAUCAGAAGAUAAAGUUCUGUUGCGUGGGAUAAUAGACAGAUUUAGAUCGAGGACGCGGACGUCAAAGACGACGUGAAAAUGGCGUGUUGUGCCCAUGUAUGGAUAUGCCACGCCAUUUUGAUGACAUUUUCACGUCGUCUUUGACGUUCGCGUCCUCGAUCUAAAUCUGUCUAAUAGAAAUUGACAGCGCAUGCAAGGAAACCGAAAUUCGUGAGCAAAUCGGCAAGGCGGUCCGAAUGAAAUAUGCAAAUAUUUCCAAUGAUGAUUUGCAAUUUUUACGAGCCACUCGCAGGAAGUUGUCCAAGCCUGUUAACUGUGGCAGCUUUGACUUCAAGCAAAUCAAGCUUUUGGCGGGCCAAGGCGCUGUAUACAUAAAACUUAAAGAUUGGGCAUAUUGCUUAUUAGAAGAUGAUGCAAGUGUUGAUGAUGAAACAGGUAUUUAAUAUUUUAUGUCUAUUUAGUAUUUAAUAAAAAUCGAAAGCAUUUUGUCAAUACAAAUCGAUGUAAAAUAUCGACGAAAAUCGAUGAAUAUCGAUAAUAAUCAAUAAAAUUGGCCAUACUGUAACUUUUUGUGACUAUCGAUUGGUCAUCAAUUGGCCAAUGUCAAUCGGUAUCAAUUAAGUAAGUAACAUCGAUUGCCAUUGAUUGAUCGAUUGGAUUUCCGAUGAUCGUUUUUCAUCGAAUAAGUACGCCGGGAAUAUAGGCACAUAGGGUGGGUGCUCUCAAAAUUUCCAGCAAAAUGGGUGUGGAUGGCUUGAAAAGAAACCUAGUGAAGGAACUUACAUUGCCAACUGAUCUCUCAGGCUUGAUUAUUAGCAUUGUAUCACAGUAUCAUUAAUAUUCAGUGGCGAAGCCAGCCCGACAAUUCAUGGCUGGCACCAGAGGGGGGCUGGGGACCUACAGCCCCUGUCGGGGAACCUUAGCUCCCCGUCGGAAAAUGAAAUAAGUCGUGAGGUAAAAUGUAACAAGUUACACAUUCUCCAAUUGGUUCCCUGAAGGGGGGGAGGGCUGUAGCCUCCCCUGGCACCACCCUGUGACACUUUAAUUAACGAAGUGGCUAUAUCUACGGGCCCGUAAACAGACUUCGCCAGGCUAUAUUUACGGCACUCUCGUUCUUAGUCUCCAUACGGCCUGUAUUUAUCGUUAAAGUCAAAUUAAAACAAAAAUAACCCUAACCCCAAUCCUUCCCCUAACCCUAACCUCUAACCCUAACCCCUAAAAAAAUUAAAACUAGUCAGAAAAAAAAGUUAAACAUGUUUUGUUAAGGCGAACAAAAAACCAUCACAAACUCGGAUCCGAACCCGCGGACUACAACACAGCAGCCACUUGCCUAACCUUCUGAGCUAUUUUCGAGCUCGCUGAAAUCCUUUGUAAACAAUACGCUUAAAGUCCUGAUUCCACGAGCGCUUUUUGUCAGCAAAAUGCGAAAUAUUUCGCCUGUUUCUUUUGAAUUGUGAGCAAUCAAAUAGAAAUAAUUUAUUCGAGUGGUCGCAAUUCAAAAGAAACACGCGAAAUAUUUCGCAUUUCGCCGACGAAAAGCGCUCGUGGAAUCAGGCCUUUAUAGUGCCGGUUCGGUACAUAGAGUGCCGUAAAUAUAGCCUGGCGAAGUCUGUUUACGGACCCGUAGAUAUAGCCACUUUGUUAAUUAAAUAAAUCAUGUUAUGAAAAUUUCUUUACACCAAAGGGCUGGCUUCACCACUAUUGAUGUUAUAGUAUUUUAUAUAAUGCUAAUUAUUUAAUAGUGUAACGCUGAAAAUCAGUAAGAAGUUUCUGUAUGAUAAUCAUUAUACUUGUCAAGGGUGUAAUUUUCCAAUGCCUUUUUUGUAAGACUCUGACACUACAGUCAAUAAUGGGGCCAUUCACAAAAUAUGCAAUGCUUGCCAUUUUAAACAUUUCAUAUUCAUAACCAGGUAUGCAGGAAUGUGUAGGGGGGGGGGGGCAACAAUUAUCUACUGACAAAACAAUUUUCUCAACGACAAAUGACAUUAUUGUUCUUUGCUCAAUGGAUUUUGAUUUUUGAAGUUGAUUUUCAUAUGAUUUGUACAGUAAUAAUGUUUUUAUCAAAUGUACAUUUACAUGUUUGCAGAUUACAAAAUUAUUGGGGGGACCCUGAGCCACAUGUUCUGAUGGACCUAAAUGUGGAUAUGAGAGAAAGUGCCCUUUGAAGAAAGUCUUCUUUGAAGAAAGUCUGCCCCUGGUGCCCUGUUAUUGUUCCGAUGUCCCUGUUCUUUUUAUCUUCUGGUGUCCCUGUAUUUGUGCAAUUUUGAUUCACUUCACACGCAACUUGCAAUUUGUUUUUUUGCUGAUAGAAUUAAUGCAGUCCGCUUUGACAAAUACUGAAAGCAAUCCCACUGGUAAUUCAUCCUCCUCAACCAACCCAGUACCAGUUUCUAGUAGUGAGAGCAGCUCCAUUGUUGUGGUGGCUGACGAUGAUGCUGUUGCUGAUGAUGUGAAUGUUAUGGAUGGUUUGGCAGACGAAAUUGUGCGUUAUUGUGUGGAACACAACAUUGAAGAUGGUGUUGAAAUACUAAGAUAUUUCCAAAAGGUUGUUGUCCAAGGACGAGCACUGAGGAUUCAGGAUAGUGGAGUUGUUGAAGAGGGGGACACCAAUUUCAUAAUGGUAGACAGAUAUAACAUUUUGGAGACAGCUUUCGAAGAAGUUAAGUCGUUGGCAUGUUUGCGAAAAACUCUUGAAGUGCAAUUCUACGGUGAAGUGAGUAACAUAGAUAAUAUUUUUUAUUUAACCUUUUAAGUGGCAAUGCGCUCUGAUGCGCCUAACUUGGCAUGUAGUAAAACACUGACUACCGGAACACCGGAACACCACCGGAGCACCACCGGAACACCACCGGAACACCACCGGAACACCACCGGAACACCACCGGAACACCACCAUUUUGUUUGGGGUUAGGGUUAGGAUUAGGGGUUAGGGUUGGGGGUUAGGGUUAGGUGGUUAGGGUUAGGUGGUGUUCCAGUGGGGUUCCGGUGGGGUUCCGGUGGUGUUCCGGUGGUGUUCCGGUGUUCCGGUAGUCAGUGUUUUACUACAUGCCGCCUAACUUUAUUGUUUUACUCUGUCUAAUGCCAGACGAUUUUACUCGUCAAUGAGAGAGCACUGCCACUCAAUGGGUUAAAAUGCCCGAGCUACUUCUGAAUAUGUUAGGAUAUAUAUUGUUAGAACACAUUUGGGUAUUCUUUAUGUAUUAUUGACGGACAUAUUUACAUGAUCUGAUCAUUUGUAUGUAUUAUGUCUUCAUCCAGAAGAAAUUAUUGAAAACUUCUUUUAACUGAUAUGAAUGAAAUAAUUUGGUUUACUAGGAAGCGCAAGACUAUGGCGGUCCAAGAAAAGAGUUUUUCUCUCUUGUUGUUAGGGAAAUAUACCGCAGCUACUUUGAGAAAGGUUUAAAGCAACAUAUAUCAGAGGAUUAUGUAACUGCUGGAAUUAUAUUAGGUAUUGCGUUCUGUUGUUUUGUAGCUGAUUUAGUUUGCAGAGUACCAAUAGCCCAAUGGGUGCAUGUGCUUAGUGGAACCAAGCAGAACUAUCAUACUGUAUAACAAUGGUGGGGGAUGGAAUUUUUUUGUAAUAAUGGGAGUUACUGAAAAAGGGUGUGUUGAUUUAAAAGGGAGGAUGAGUAAAAAAAAAUGUAGAAUAAGCAUUUUUUCAAAAGUGUAUAAUUGUGCACUGAAUUUCAAGAUUUUUGAUAUUGUGACAUAAAAUGAUUUUGAUAUGUUGAGCUCUAAAUAUAUGUUGAAUUCAUGUUGAUUACUGUCGCUUGCAACCUUAGAUGAACGGUCCCUCAUAAAAACAUUGCCUAUUCGUGUGACAAAGUUCAAUGUUUUUACCGAGAAAGUUCAAUGUUUGUCCAGAGCACUUGACAUGUUUUAAUCUGAUCUAGCCUGCGUAGCAGCUAUCAGAGAAAGGACAGAGCCGCUACGCAGGCUAAAUCUGAUCAGCCAAUUACGUUCAACCAGCUCCAAGCUGAUUGGCUGAGCAAAUUGAAACCAUGAAAUGUCGUCACAAACAUUGAACUUUGUCGGUAAAAACAUUGAACUUUGUCAUAAGAAUAGACAAUGUUUUAUCUGUGACCGUUCAUCCUUUGUUACGGAAGUUUCUUUGGAUAUCACAUAACCCUAAUAUUAAUUCUGCACCAUUUGCAGAUGUCAACCUGUCAAAUUUUGCUCUCUGAAAAAUGCUGUUGUAAGGGAGAGGGGGGAAUUGAAAAGAAAGGAAGACAUUGGUUAAAGGGGGGAGAUAUUUUUAAAAGGAGGGAUCACACCCUUUUCCGAACUAUAUGUUCACCAGUCGUUUUGAGUCCAAACCAACAGCAAUAACAUAAGGUCUGCAUGUCCUUUGCUCAUUUGUUAUAGGGCUGAGUAUCCUGCAGGAUGGGAAAAUUCCGUAUUUCCUUGAUUAUUAUGCUGCAGAUAUAUUUGGAACAGCUCAUGUAGAUGGAUGUAUCCUUCACCUCCGUAUGGGUUUCAAAAAACUGGGGUUAUACCAGGUGAUCCAAAAUAUUUUAGAUUGCAUGGAAAAUAUAUGCGAAUACAGAAUAAUGUUUCGCGUAAUAUUUAAUCGCACUUUCUGUUGGUAUAGGUUGCCGUUCGGUUACCCAAUUUUCUGCAUAUCUUAACCCAGAAAUCCAAAAAUCUUACUGUGAAGUCAUUAACCACCCUCCUUCAGCCAGAUUUUAGUGAAGUUGGAAGUAACAAACGGAAGUUUGAAAAUCAAGUGUAUUCAGCAUUUUUGAAAUAUCUCAGAAGUGUAGCAAGUAAGAAUUUAAUCGUGGAUUUUUAUUAUUUCAAACAAAAAACGCAAAAGCAGUGUAGUAAAAUCGUUUUUGUAUGUUAUUUAUCAAUCCAUGUGCCAAAAAUGAAUGACAAAUGUAUCGAUUUCCAUUUAGGUGGCCAUCGUAGUGGCAUUAGCCUAAAUAAUAUACUACAAUUUGCUACUUGUGAUGAGGAGGUACCACUUCUUGGAUAUGAAAAUGGAGUAAAACCGUCUGCGACAUUUCACGAAGUAGCUGAAAAUAAAUCCUUUAUACCAACAGCAAAUACAUGCUGCUGCAGAUUACUGCUACCAACACCAUCUCUUGAGAUUGCUUUACCAGAUGAGGAAACUUUGUUUCAACUGUACGAUAUGGCUUUUUUAAAUGCAUAUUUUGGACGCAAAUAA